AUGAUGAGGAGUUUUCAGCAUUCUUAUUUCCAACUCCUGUAUCUUCUAAUGGCAGCGUUAUUAGAAUGCAAAGGUAAGCAGAGACCCUGCAAGCAGGUUCAUCAGUUGAACAUAAGCCAUUUACAUGGUGACAGCAUGUCUAUUUCUUGCCAAUCAACAACCCACCCGCUGGAUUCUCUAACAGUCAAACUACACAGUAUCAACCCGGUUAAAGACAUUCUGGUGUAUCCAGACAUCUCUCCAGCAUCAGAGCACCAGAGAUGGUCUGUGAGGAAAGAUGAUGGAAAUGUUACACUUGAUCUGAAAGACAUCAGAUUAUCCGAUGGUGGUCUUUAUGACUGUCAGGUCUACAAGGAUCAGGACUGCCUUCAUGCAACACAAUUUUACCUGAGUAUUAUACAGUGUAAAACUUUGAACUCUGUCCAUGCAACGCUAAACUCGCAAGUGUUACUGCCAUGCUCUGAACAUCCUCUACAAAACAGAACUGAACGAGUCACUUGGAAAGUCAUUAAUGGUCACCAAUUAACAGAUAUAACCCAGUAUCGCGCUCCAAACAAGCCCUCAAGCAGCACAGAGAAUCAGAAAGAGCUUUAUUUUCUCUCAGGAUGUCUCAUUUCUCUUUUUUAUUCCCUUUUACCCGAAACAGAGAGACCCUGCAAGCAGGUUCAUCAGUUGAACAUAAGCCAUUUACAUGGUGACAGCAUGUCUAUUUCUUGCCAAUCAACAACCCACCCGCUGGAUUCUCUAACAGUCAAACUACACAGUAUCAACCCGGUUAAAGACAUUCUGGUGUAUCCAGACAUCUCUCCAGCAUCAGAGCACCAGAGAUGGUCUGUGAGGAAAGAUGAUGGAAAUGUUACACUUGAUCUGAAAGACAUCAGAUUAUCCGAUGGUGGUCUUUAUGACUGUCAGGUCUACAAGGAUCAGGACUGCCUUCAUGCAACACAAUUUUACCUGAGUAUUAUACAGUGUAAAACUUUGAACUCUGUCCAUGCAACGCUAAACUCGCAAGUGUUACUGCCAUGCUCUGAACAUCCUCUACAAAACAGAACUGAACGAGUCACUUGGAAAGUCAUUAAUGGUCACCAAUUAACAGAUAUAACCCAGUAUCGCGCUCCAAACAAGCCCUCAAGCAGCACAGAGAAACCCCCGAACCCCCUGUUUGAGAGAGCGAGACAACUAAAGAACGGAUCUUUGCUUAUAAGAAAAGCGGUCGCCACUGAUGAAUUGUGGUAUCAUUGCAGAGUGAAUGAAAAAACCUGCUAUGAGAUGAGGCUGGUGAUGAAAGCUCAUAAUACAUCUCGUUCCACAAAGGUAUUAGAAACACUUUCCACAACAUUGGUAACCACAGCCUCUGCUGACAGUCUUGCUGGCCUGGCUGAAAAUAACAGUGAUGGGAGUGAAACAGUGACAACUAAUCUGACAGUAGUAGUGAUGGUGACCACAGUAGUGUCUCUGUGUGUCCUCAUAUCACUAACCAUCUGCGUCAUUCUUUAUUUCAAAAAACAAAGGCGCAAAACCAACAGCCAAACACAGUUAAACAGUCGGUUCUCUGUGUAUUACUCCCGUGUUGCAGAAGGGUUUGAUGUCCCAUUGUAUUCUUUAGUUGAACAAAACACAGGAACAAUGAUCACCUUUGGUGCUGCACAAUCAGAAGCUCCGGCAUGUAAAGCAGAUAACAUGUAUGAAAAGUUAACAUUGUGA